AUGCCCGAGCCAGCCAAGUCCGCCCCAGCGCCCAAGAAGGGCUCCAAGAAAGCCGUCACCAAGGUUCAGAAGAAGGACGGCAAGAAGCGGAGGAAGAGCAGGAAGGAGAGCUAUGCCAUCUACGUCUACAAGCUCUGGCUGCUGUUGUACGACAGCGGCUUCCCCAAUAAGCUCAUGCAAGCUCCCUGCUUUCCCCGGCGGCUCUCCUGCAAGCCCCCUCCCGUCCGGCCCUGGCUGAAGCAGGUCCACCCCGACACCGGCAUCUCCUCCAAGGCCAUGGGCAUCAUGAACUCCUUCGUCAACGACAUCUUCGAGCGCAUCGCAGGGGAAGCCUCCCGCCUGGCUCACUACAACAAGCGCUCCACCAUCACCUCCCGGGAGAUCCAGACCGCCGUGCGCCUGCUGCUGCCCGGAGAGCUGGCCAAGCACGCCGUCUCCGAGGGCACCAAGGCCGUCACCAAGUACACCAGCGCCAAGUGA